CCUAUUAGAAAAAUAUGUAAUAACGUUGCAAAUGUCAGUCUGUGUUUGAAAGGUGUGUAUAUAAUGCAACCAUGCGUGAAAAGAGGGUUGGCAACACUAUGACUCCGAAAAACGUGUUGAAUUGGUUAGGUGCCCGAGCUGUUGGUGGUGGAUUUGUCCGUCGUUCUUUUUGCCAAGUACACGAUUAGAGGCGUGUAGUGUUUUUAAAAGUUGGUCAGAAAAAUCAUUAAACAUCCAAAAUGGUCAACUUUACUGUCGACGAAAUCCGUACCUUGAUGGACAAGAAGCGGAACAUCCGUAACAUGUCCGUCAUUGCUCACGUCGAUCAUGGCAAAUCAACUUUGACCGAUUCCUUGGUGUCGAAAGCCGGUAUUAUUGCUGGUGCCAAGGCUGGUGAAACCCGUUUCACUGACACCCGUAAGGAUGAACAGGAACGUUGUAUUACCAUCAAGUCAACGGCCAUUUCUAUGUACUUCGAAGUUGAAGAAAAGGAUCUUGUCUUCAUCACCCAUCCCGAUCAGCGUGAAAAGGAAUGCAAGGGUUUCUUGAUCAAUUUGAUCGAUUCACCCGGUCACGUUGAUUUCUCAUCUGAAGUAACUGCUGCUCUACGUGUAACUGACGGUGCCUUGGUCGUCGUCGAUUGCGUGUCUGGUGUAUGUGUACAAACCGAGACUGUAUUGCGUCAAGCCAUCGCUGAACGUAUUAAGCCAAUUUUGUUCAUGAACAAAAUGGACCGUGCUUUGCUUGAAUUGCAAUUGGAAGCUGAAGAACUGUAUCAAACUUUCCAGCGUAUCGUUGAAAACGUGAACGUCAUUAUUGCUACGUAUAACGAUGACAGUGGCCCAAUGGGUGAAGUGCGUGUUGACCCCUCCAAGGGUUCCGUCGGUUUCGGUUCUGGUCUGCACGGAUGGGCUUUCACUCUUAAGCAGUUUUCCGAAAUGUACUCUGAGAAAUUCAAGAUCGAUGUUGUCAAGCUAAUGAACCGUCUAUGGGGUGAGAACUUCUUCAACGCCAAGACCAAGAAAUGGCAAAAACAAAAGGAAGCCGAUAACAAGCGCUCCUUCUGUAUGUACAUCUUGGACCCCAUCUACAAAGUGUUCGAUGCUAUCAUGAACUACAAGAAGGAAGAAAUCGGCACCUUGUUGGAAAAGAUCGGUGUUGCUAUCAAGCACGAAGAUAAGGACAAGGAUGGCAAAGCUUUGUUGAAGGUUGUUAUGCGCACAUGGUUGCCAGCUGGUGAAGCUUUGCUUCAGAUGAUUGCCAUUCACUUGCCUUCACCUGUGGUUGCUCAGAAAUACCGUAUGGAAAUGUUGUACGAGGGUCCACACGACGACGAAGCUGCCGUCGCCGUAAAGAACUGUGAUCCUGAUGGUCCAUUGAUGAUGUACAUUUCCAAAAUGGUGCCGACUUCUGAUAAGGGACGUUUCUAUGCCUUUGGUCGUGUGUUCUCCGGUAAGGUCGCUACAGGCCAGAAGUGCCGUAUCAUGGGCCCCAACUAUGUGCCCGGUAAGAAGGAAGAUUUGUACGAAAAGGCCAUCCAACGUACAAUUUUGAUGAUGGGUCGUUAUGUUGAAGCCAUCGAAGAUGUGCCUUCCGGUAACAUUUGCGGUCUCGUCGGUGUCGAUCAAUUUUUGGUCAAGACCGGUACCAUCACCACAUUCAAGGAUGCCCACAACAUGAAGGUGAUGAAAUUCUCCGUGUCACCUGUCGUGCGUGUUGCCGUCGAGCCCAAGAACCCUGCUGAUUUGCCAAAAUUGGUGGAAGGUCUUAAGCGUUUGGCCAAAUCCGAUCCUAUGGUGCAAUGUAUCAUUGAAGAGUCUGGCGAGCAUAUCAUUGCUGGUGCCGGUGAAUUGCAUUUGGAAAUUUGCUUGAAGGAUUUGGAAGAAGAUCACGCUUGCAUUCCAUUGAAGAAAUCCGACCCUGUUGUAUCAUACCGUGAAACCGUAUUCGAGGAAUCCAACCAAAUGUGCUUGUCCAAAUCGCCCAACAAGCAUAAUCGUUUGCUGAUGAAAGCUUUACCUAUGCCUGACGGUUUGCCCGAAGACAUUGACAACGGUGAUGUCAGCUCCAAGGACGAUUUCAAACUUCGUGCCCGUUACUUGGCGGAGAAAUACGAUUAUGAUGUGACAGAAGCCCGUAAGAUCUGGUGUUUCGGUCCUGACGGUACCGGCCCUAACUUCAUUUUGGAUUGUACCAAAUCCGUGCAAUACUUGAAUGAAAUUAAGGAUUCCGUUGUUGCUGGUUUCCAAUGGGCAUCGAAGGAAGGUAUCAUGGCUGAAGAAAACUUGCGUGGUGUACGUUUCAACAUUUAUGAUGUGACGUUGCAUGCUGAUGCUAUCCAUCGUGGUGGUGGUCAAAUCAUUCCAACAACUCGUCGUUGUUUGUACGCUUCAGCUAUUACAGCCGGACCACGUCUGAUGGAACCCGUUUACUUGUGCGAAAUUCAAUGUCCCGAAGUUGCUGUCGGUGGUAUCUAUGGUGUAUUGAAUAGACGUCGUGGUCAUGUCUUCGAAGAAGCUCAAGUUGUUGGCACACCUAUGUUCGUUGUCAAGGCUUACUUGCCCGUAAACGAAUCGUUCGGUUUCACCGCCGAUUUACGUUCCAACACCGGUGGACAAGCUUUCCCACAAUGCGUGUUCGACCAUUGGCAAGUGUUGCCCGGUGAUCCAUGCGAACCCAGCAGCAAACCAUACCAAAUUGUACAGGAUACACGUAAACGUAAGGGUUUGAAGGAAGGUCUACCCGACUUGGCCCAAUACCUCGAUAAAUUGUAAGCGCACGAAGCUGUCAAUUUAGUAUGUGUUUGUUGAUGUGCGCCGAAGAGAAGAAGAAAUUAUACAAAAUAAUAAAAAGAUAAUUACAUAAUUACAACAAUAUAAAAAUAACAUA